ACGAGAUAUAACCGUCUUCAAAAUUCCGUUUCUCGCGAAGAUGACAUCUCGCCUACGCGGCCCUUCGGUGGUGAAGGACACGCCGAGGGCCGCCUCGUUCACCAAGGAUCAUUUCCAUCGAAACGAGCCGGAAAUGCACUCUGGCCGGUCGUGCAAGAACGGCGGACGCGGCAAUCGUUAUCAUUUCGGCAUGUCAAAGCUGCACGAUAACAAGGUGGAGCGGAACGGGCGGGAAUAUAAUAAGAACGCACAGACGGAAGAGAACAAUGCCGACCUGUUGUACAAGAAGAGCAGAGAACACUUUGGUACCUGGGGCAUCAAGGACAUCGCUCAAGACGACAUGAGAAAAUCGAGGAAACAGGAUCUCGAGGACGCGCAAAUGACAAAUGGAAAAUUCAGGAACGAGCCUGUUGGUACGAAGCUGGAUAAAUCGCACGAUCGUCCGGAGUGUCGGGACGAAGGAUACGUAGGAUCCUUGCCGAGAGAGGGUCGACAAAGAGGCGAGUCUGUCGAGAGAGAGCUCAACGGUUCUCAUAAAUCGAGAAUAAAAGAGUCCUGGGAGGAGGAAGCGGAGUCGAGGAGUCGAGGGAGAACGUCCAAGAUUAACAGGAGCAACGAUAGCAACAACGAUUUGGUGCAACCCGUCGACGAGAGGGACCUAUUGCUCAAGGAGAUUGAAAACUUAGCUACCGAUGGCAGUCAGUCGCCGGACCGUAGGAUCCAGGCGAUGAUCGAGCGAUUGAAGUCGCGAGAGGAGAGCAAGCUACGGUCCAGGAGGGAGCGGAGAUCGGCGAGUCCUGAAAAGGAAGCGCACGGCACGACGAAAAGCGACGGCAGGAGUGACCUAAGAUCGCCGGUCAUCGAUCAUCCGUUCGAUAAUCUAUCUAACGAUCGAGGUAGGAAACUGAAAGAUGACGGCGACGAACCUCGCAGGUCGAGCGAGUCCAAGCUGCGCGGAAAGUCCGAGCGAGAAGAGGACGCGGGCAGGCGUGAUCGCUCUACCGAUCGAAAGUCGAGAAGCACGGAGAGGCGAAACGAGGCUCGCGAACCUCGAAGAGACGACAGUUUCCGAAAAAUGAGCGACGCCUACAACGCCGAGAAAAAUUACCAGAGGAGAUCGAUAGAAGACGAAGAAAAUCAUCCUCGAUCGAGAGACAACUCGUCAAAGAGGAGGAGUUACACGUAUGACGGCUCGCCGGAGGACUUCGAUGUGAGGAUACAGAGGUACGACCGGGCUCUGCUCGAACCCAGGAGAGAUCUUGACAGAAGUUCGCCCAGACGAAGCUCUCCCAGACGAAGUUCGUCCAGGGAACCGAAUCUGGUUAGGAAGGAAUCUUUAAAGGAGUACGAUCGAGAACCGGUAACCAAGAAGAAUUCCUUUAAAACUGAAUCCAGGAGGGCGAUCAGCAAGGAUCGUGGUGAUUCUAAUCUGGCAAGAAAAUCAUCGUUUAAAGAUCGGGAUAGUGACGUGUAUAAAAGGCACGCUUCGAAAAAUCAGCACGAGACCUCGAUCAGAUAUUUCGGCAAGGAUCAAGAGGACUCAUCGUGCAAAGAUUCUUUCAAAGAUGUAAACGCAGAUAUAAAUAGAAAGGGUUACUUCAAGGUACGAGACAAUGAAUUCGAGAGAACUUUUUUGAAGGAUCAGAACGACAAUGCGGAGAGGAAAGUCUCAUCCAUGGAGCAUGCAGGUGGCGUCAGCAGGAUUGUCCUGAGAAAUGUCGACGACGAAUCCAGCAGAAGCAACUCGUUUAAGAAUGUAAACGAAGAUUCCGGUAAGAAGAACUCGUUUAAGGAAAAAAACGUCGAGUUUGGAGAGGUCUCCUACAAGGAUUGCGAGAAUAAUUCGGAAAGGAGGAAAAACAGCUUCAAGGAUGACAAGGAAUUCGGACGAACGUCGUAUCACGACUACGAGAAUAAUAUCGAUAGGAAAACCGCGAACGACCGUUACAUCGAGUUCGGCAAGGUAUCCUUUAAGACGCAAGACGACGAGUUACGCGUUUCGAGUCCUUUUAAGGAGGAGAACAACGAAGCGAUAAUCAGAACAAAUUCCUUCAAGGAGCACGACGCUUCUCCGAAGAGACGCGCGUCAUUGCGAAGCCGAGAUCGCGAAGUGUUCGAGAAGAAAUCGGACAGACACUCGAGAGCGUUGUCGCCGCUGAAGAAAGGCGAACCAGAGAGCGACGCCAAGGACUCGAAAAACUUCUGUGCCAAGUCCUGGUACGAGAACAACCGGAUAUUUUCCGCGAAAUAUCUGCGAGAUCACAGUAAGCUGCGGAACACUCCAGAAGGACGACUCAGUCUCGACGCCUCGCCCGAGCGAGGAUUCUUGGUUCUGCAGGACACGCGAGGCGGCACUGUUGAGACGAACGAUCCCGAGGAGAAUCGCUUCGAAACGCGUGGGAGGAUUGACUCGGGCGGCAGCGAGUCGCCGCGAUUCUCCUCGACCCGCGAUCGCAAUGGUACCACGAUCAUCAGGAUACGAUCGUCGGAGGAUUCCGGCAGCGCGACGGAGAGGCGCCGUCGGCGUCGUCCUGCACAGGAGGUAUGCGCGGUGAGACGCAGGAAGUACGAGGACGACGACGAGGACAGCGACGAGGACGAGGAAGAGGAUCGUUGGCGGAGGACACGAAGGGACGGUGGAAUCCUGCCGGGGAGAGGCGGCGGCAACGCCGGCGGUGGCGGCGCGACGCCCUCGAGAACGGUCUGGAACUACCGCGAAGGGGGUGUCCUCAUCACGGACGUGGAAGAAGGGCAACCCUGUUUGCAGUGUGGAGAAACGUGUUCUGGAUUCUCACCGCACACUUGGAGAAAGAACUGCACUAGCUGCAAGUGUCCGCGCGAGGCCCACGAUGUCUGUCACGAAGAAUGGGUGUCCGUCAGAUCCCGUUUGGGACUUAAGGGCGACGAGUCGAACGGACCUAUCGGCGUGGAUGCCAGAGAAAGAGGUCUCGCUUGGGUACCUCCCGGACUUCCAUCGCAUAAGGUGGAAGAAUAUUUCUCAAUGUUACCGGAAAUCGCUGUACCAAGACUCGGCACGCCCGGUGAACGGCAUAGAGAUCGUCAAUUGGCGAUCCAGUUGCCUAAACAGGAUCUAGCAAGGGCUUACUGUCGCCACUUGGAUCCCAAACAUGCCAGCAGCGCUGAUGAUUUCAUGGCCGCUAGGAAUGAGAUCGCCUUGGAUAUCGGUAGCAUACAAGAAGUCCUCGAAAGAGAUCUCGAGUGCGGCGUGUGCGAAUCGUCCCUGAAAUACGGCAGCCUCGCUGUGUCAGCCAGCAAACUGGGUCUCCUCUAUCAUCCGACGUGUUUCAGAUGCGCGGAUUGCAAAGAGCUCCUGGUCGAUCUCGCUUAUUGCGUGCACGACGAUAUGCUUUUCUGCGAGAGGCAUUAUGCGGAACAACUUAAGCCAAGAUGCGCUGCCUGUGACGAGUUGAUUUUCAGUGGCGAGUACACAAAGGCGAUGAACAAGGACUGGCACAGCGGCCACUUCUGUUGCUGGCAGUGCGACGAAUCCCUGACAGGACAACGUUACGUUCUCAGAGACGAGCACCCUUACUGCAUUAAGUGCUACGAAAGCGUUUUUGCCAAUGGCUGCGAGGAAUGCAACAAAAUCAUCGGCAUUGACUCCAAGGAUCUGUCGUACAAGGAUAAGCACUGGCAUGAGGCCUGCUUCCUCUGCAACAGGUGCAGAGUGUCCUUGGUGGACAAACAGUUCGGUAGCAAGGUGGACAAGAUCUACUGCGGCAAUUGCUACGACGCCCAAUUCGCUAGCCGUUGCGAUGGAUGCGGCGAGAUCUUCCGUGCUGGUACCAAGAAGAUGGAAUACAAGACCAGACAAUGGCACGAGAAGUGCUUCUGCUGCGUGGUCUGCAAGAAUCCGAUCGGCACGAAGAGCUUCAUCCCGCGCGAGCAGGAGAUUUACUGUGCCGGAUGUUACGAGGAUAAGUUCGCCACCCGGUGUGUUAAGUGCAACAAGAUCAUCACUAGCGGCGGCGUGACAUAUAAGAACGAGCCUUGGCACAGAGAUUGCUUCACCUGCAGCAACUGCAAUAACUCCCUGGCGGGACAACGAUUCACGUCGCGCGACGACAAACCAUACUGCGCCGAAUGUUUCGGCGAGCUCUUCGCCAAGAGGUGCACCGCUUGCUCCAAGCCAAUCACCGGUAUCGGUGGCACUCGCUUCAUCUCAUUCGAGGACAGGCACUGGCACAAUGAUUGCUUCAUCUGCGCGGGCUGCAAAACUUCGCUGGUCGGACGUGGCUUCAUCACCGACGGUGACGACAUCAUCUGCCCCGAGUGCGCCAAGAUGAAGCUGAUGUAAAGCGCGCGGCUUCACGACGACGAGAUUGACAACGGGAUCGAUAGAGGAGGAACGAAGGGAGAGAAAGGAUGAGAAGCGAGACGCACUUCCGACGCGGAAUCCGUAUAGUCAAGUGGAUUCUGUUGCACGCCAUAAAUAAUAUCCAUCGUCGCGAUCUUACUGCCCGUCGUCAACAAUUCGAACUUGAGACGCACGCAGACGAUAGAGAACUUCUCAGAGCCACAUCGAGAGACGAGAUCGCGGGGAGAGACGUAAUAAAAAUGUAAAAAAGAAAACAAAAGAAAAAAGCAGAACCUUCGCAUUAGCGCCGCGAUCAUUUUUGUUACGAAUAACCGACGCGUUUCGACGAGACUUUCCGCGCCGACUUUCUUUCAGAGGAUGGCAGAACUCGAGAAUCCCCCUGACCAAGUCCUCCUCUUGGUCUGGCACAGUGACUUCACGAUCGCCGACUGAUCGUUCGGAAAGGAAGACGGCGCGAGAGAACGCGAGAAUCGUUUCUAGCUUCAUAGUCGUAGCGACAUUAGUUUAUCAUUUUUUUUUUUUUUUUUCAUUCUACGUGUAUUUAUGAGAACACCGACGCGAAUCCGUCUGUGUUCAAAAUGAUCUACUCGAUCAUCGUGUCGGGACAUCGAAGAGCGAAAGAGACACGAACGGGAGGGAAGAAAAAAAUGCGAGCUCGAUGAAGAGAAUCAAAUCGUCUUACUGUAUAAAACGUGUCCUUGACAUGGACAUGUCGAUUAGGAUAAUGAAUAAGCCUAAGCGCUCCGCGUGCUCUCGUGAUGUUACUAAUAUUAAUAACGUUUUUUUUUGCUUUGUACAAUGGUAGAGAGAUAAGCGCGCGUGUGCGCACAAAGAGAGAGUCCUACAUAUAUAUUCUUAUGAAAAUCACACUAAAAUUUGAUAUACAUAUAGCGAUGUUGUUUCUAUUCGACUCGUACUCGCGCGAAAAGACUCACGACGGUCUAACACGUACACGUCACACAUCGACUCUAAUCUACACGAUUGACACAUCAAUAUUUUUCCUUCUUUACACGGAUGCUAUUCACCUAUCGCAUCUAAUGUUCGAAUGUACGAUGCCGGCUAUUAAUUUAUCGCGAAAUGAGAAAAUUGGCCUAUCGAGAUUUUUCGUUUGCUAAAUAUCAUUUUCUAAAAAUCUCAAUAUACAUCUAUAUCGGGAUUUUAUGAAAAAAAAAAAAAAAUUAUUGUAACACCUGACGAAUCGACGGGAUGAAAUUUUUUUCAUAAGAUUCUUCUCGAUUUCUGUACAUGUGUCCUUAAUCGGAGGAGCCCUUAAGAAAAAGUGUUUCAAUAAAACUGAUUUGCUGUAUUAGUAACCAAUGAUAUUGCAUCAGUAAUUGAUAAAAUAUCACCAGUCACUGAUACAAUAUCAGUUUAUUGAAACAUUUUAUACUUAUCAGUUCAUUUUUUAAAAGGGGAUACGAUAAAUAAUAUGUACGUGUUUCACGAUGUCCCGGCUCUCUUCUCUUCUCGGCCUUUCUCUCCCUUUCUCUCGUUCAUCGAGAGAAAUAGGCGCGCAACGUCGUAGGGAUCCAUCAUCGUCCCGUCUGAAUCGCGCGCGCGCGCACACAUGCAGCACACAUACACACGCGCGCACACACAUGCACAUGAUAAACAUAUACGACACAUACACGCAUGCUGCGAACAUUUUUUGCAAUAACAUAUUAAAAGAGUUUUAUUGAGAAAAAAAGGAUAGGACAAAAACGGGACAAAGACUACCCACACAUAUGCACACGCAUAUACACAAGUAUACAUAAAUAUAUACACCUACAUAUAAAUAUACAUACAUGCGAACGAGUGUGCGGCGGACGCACACGCGGAAAUACUAAUUGUGGCCUUAUCCGCACCGAGUACCAUAGGAGUAAAGAAAAAAAGGGAACUAACUUACAGUAAUUUACUUCGUUACGAGAUAUUUAAUAUCAAAUUUAUUGUUAUACAACGCGAACGAAGGUAAGUGUAACGUCGCGCGAACCGAGUCCACGCAAACAAGGGAACUACGGGACAACUUCGGACCACGAACUGUUCGAAUUGUUAAUCGUAAUCAAUAUGAGUCACACACGUGCUAUAAUAUAAUAUGUAUGUUAUCCGACGGAGUCACUUACACACACUAAUCGCCUUAAUUAGUAAACGAUAAAAAAAAAGAGAUUAUUCUAUAUUCAGCGUAUCCUAUACACUGUUACACUGUAAAAUUGAUAAAUAAAUAAAUGUAAUUAUUUA